AUGGAGGAGCCAGAUCCCAACAUCAAGUUAGAGUACAAUCCAUGGAUAAACUUGAUAUCUCCUCAGACUAUCAUGGAACCUCCCAGAGAAACCACAGAGAUCAUCGACCUAACAUUAGACUCACCACCCCCUAGCCCCAUUUCCCCACCGACGAUCAUGAAUGGAAACGAAGCAGAAGCCCCUCCCACCACGCCGUCCCUCUUCCACAGCACCCUCAACUUCGGAAGCGAAAAAAUGCACCAAUUCAUCGCAUCAGGGAUUCCACAAGCAGCCGCAAAGCAAGUAUGCAGCGCCGCCCUAACAACAUCCCUUUUCGUCGCCAAGACAAGUCUGAAGGUUGCGCAAACGACUGCUUCGUAUGGAUUUGCCAAAUUGAAAGAAUCCGUUAUCCCGGACCAUGUCGCUGAUUACCUUUCAGCGAACAAGAAGGGAAGGCGACGAAAGACUAAGUGGGAAAAAGUACCUAAGGAGGUGUGUAAGUGGUGUCGAGCCCACCCGAAGGAGUUGAAGACGAUGGGGUACGUGGCUGCGGGUGGGAUGUUGGUUUAUAAUCCUACUUUGUUGGUUGGUGCUUUGGGGAUGCAGAGGAAGGCUGUUCUUGGUGGUGUGUGUUUCUAUUUUCAUUACAUUCAUCUCGUUUUUUUUCUUCUGGCGAGAUGUAGGUUUCUGACGUGAGAACAGCUAGCGUUGCGACGAAGGUCAAAAGAGCCGUCAGUAUUGCGUCCUCAGUUCCUGUUGCUUUACAGGCUUUUCAGGAUAUACGAAAAGGUGGCAUUGGGAGACUUGGGACAGCUGCAAUGAAGCUGGCUAUGCGAAAGACGAAAAGAGAGAAGAGGGGUAGGAAGAAGAGAAGCUGA